UCAGCACCUGCGGUCUCCAGAAGCUCUCCAGCAUGGCCCGCGCCUGGACCCUGCUCGCUGUAGCCGCCGCGGUCGCCUGCGCCGCCCGCGCCGCACACCUGCCUGCUGACUGGAAGAGAUGUAGUCAAAAUGACCCAAAGUUUGAUGAGUGCUUAGUGGAAGCUAUCCAGGACACACUUCCAAAGCUGAAGAAUGGUGUGCGUGAGCUGGAUAUGCUGCCACUGGAUCCUUUGGAGAUUACAGCACUUGAAAUAGAUAAGGGAGAUGGUCCUGUUGGAAUUGGGCUAAAGUUUAAGAACAUGAAGAUUUAUGGCAUUUCUGACUCUAAAAUCACCAAGCACAACUCUGAUCCAUCAAGAUAUAAUCUUGAAGGUGAUACUAUUACACCAAAACUCACAAUAGAGGCUGACUAUGAAGCUGAUGGAAAAGUUCUGCUGCUCCCUGUGAAAGGCAAAGGAAAAUCAAAAAUUAUAAUGACGGAUUUGAAAUCCCAUCUUAUCCAUAAAGCUGUUCCAGCAGAGAAAGGAGGAAAAAUUUACAGAAAUGAAACUGAAUUCAUAUACACUAUGGAACCAGCACAUAUGGAGAUGAAUUUUGAGAACCUUCUGAAUGCAGGAAAAACUAUAGAUGAGAACAUGAAUAAAUUCCUAAAUGAAAACUGGAAGGAAAUUUUUGCUGAAUUAAAGCCUACCCUAGAAACUGCCCUCAGUCGUAUAUUCCUGAAUAUUUCAAAAGGAGUAUUUCUGAAAGUACCAUUUGAUGAAAUGUUCCCUAAAAAGUGAAAAGUCAGAAGGUUUUGAAGACAUGUACAGAUGUUCUAUACCAGCAUUAGAAAUAGGCAAUAAAUGUCUCUUUAAAAAAAAAAAAAAAAAAAAAAAAAAAAAAAAAAAAAAAAAAAAAAAAAAAAUUGAGAAAGUGAAUUACAUUCUACCUUCUGCAACACAACAUGAAUCUCAUGUUCUAUGACUGAACACUACAAAAUUUCACUACAUUAACCUCCCAGAAAUUUCAUUUUUUAUAGAAAUUUUGUAUAAAAUAAAUUAUUACUUAUACUGAAAACUGAA